CAAAUCUGACCUUUCCAUUUACUGUCUUCCCCAAUUUGGGAUUCUUCAAAUCCUCCCAAAAUCAAACAAACAGGAACACAAAAACCACUAAAAAAGCUUCAAAUUGACCUAACAAUGGCGGAUCGGAGCUUGUUUACCGAACUAGAACACCUAGAGAGUCCUCUUGUUCGUCUGUGCAUCGAAGCCGCUACACAAAGCGCAGACGCCGUCGAGUCGUGGCGGAGACAGCGACGGACUCUCGAACGGUUGCCGUCUCAACUCGCCGAACCUCUGCUCCACCGCCUUCUCCGCCGCCGCCUGCUUUAUCCUUCUCUUCUCGAAGUGUUCAAAUACAGCGUAGAGAAGAUUGAUCUGAGAGGUGAGAGCUCCGUUGAUGCAGAGUGGAUGGCAUAUCUUGGCGCUUUUCAAUACUUAUCCUCUUUAAACGUUUCUGAUUGUCAUAGAAUCAACAGUUCUGCACUUUGGGCUCUCUCAGGUAUGAGGUAUCUUAAGGAGGUGGACCUUUCUAGAUGCUCUAAAGUUGAUGAUGCAGGCAUAAAGCAUCUUCUGUCUAUUCGAACUAUUGAAAUAUUAUGCAUAUCGGAAACAAGCGUUACCACAAAUGGUGUCGCACUUCUCUCUUCACUUAAAAGAUUAUCAAAGUUGGAUUUGGGAGGCUUGUUUAUUACCGAUACGGCCCUUGCAUCUCUUCAGGUUUUGACAAAUUUACAGCACCUAGACCUAUGGGGAAGUGAUAUAUCAAACGAAGGUGCAUCUAUUCUUUUAAAAUUUCCAAAUUUAACCUUCCUAAACCUAGCAUGGACCAAGGUUACCGUUUUGCCAAACGUGAGCUCCGUUACGCACCUAAACAUGAGCAAUUGUACAAUACAUUCUAUUUUCAAAGGCGAAGGCAAUAAAGCCAAGUUAUCGAAGUUAACAUUUGCCGGAGCUUUAUUCAAAGAUAUCGACAAAGCCUUUUCAUACUUUGAUUCCAGUUAUUUAUCUUAUUUAGACCUAUCGAACUCAUCUCUUCGUGACAUAUCCUUAUUGUCACUCAUCUGUGCCCUAGAAUAUUUGGAUCUCAGUGGUAACUUAGUUGGGGAUGAUUCGGUUACGUUUAUAGCCUCUGUUGGGGCAAAUCUGAAAAGUUUGAAUCUAAGCAAGACUAGAGUGAGCUCAGCGGGAGUUGCAGUUUUAGUUGGGCGUGUUCCAAAACUUGAAACUAUAUCGUUGGAUUUCACACCGACGGAUGAUCUUGCCAUCUCGUAUAUUGGUAUGAUGCCUUCACUGAAAGCGGUCAACAUGAAGGGUACAAAUGUCAGAGGUGUAAUCCAGCAAAACGCCGAGAAUACAGAAUGUGUUCUGUCACUUACAGCACUUGAAAACCUAAAGCACUUAGAGAAAUUAAAUAUCGAAGAAACCGCGCUUAAAGACGAAGCAAUCAUCCCCAUUUCAAACUUGAAACAACUUACUCAUCUUUCGCUCAGAAGCAGUUUCCUAACAGACGCCUCGCUGCACCACUUGUCAUCAAUCCCCAACUUGAUUAAUCUCAGCAUGCGCGAUGCUAUUUUAACAAACACAGGAAUUGAAUCAUUUACCCCACCACCGUCACUACAAGUGCUGGAUUUGACCGGUUGUUGGUUGUUGACCAAGGAUGCUCUUUUGUCAUUUGUUCAACUGCAUUCAGAUGUUGAAGUAAGGCAUGCACUCGUGACCACAUUUUUAUCUGAUAAAGACGACAGUAAAUGUCAUUCCCCGUUUAUGGGGACAGCACCGCAGAGAAGAUUUUCGUCAUCCCCGCUUAAAUCUGAAAUGGCUGCCAUCAUAGACCAGAGGUUGAAAUAUAGUAGAGCAGAACUGCUAUCUAUGCAGUUUGCAUCCACAUCGGUUGGUCCGUCCAGUGACCCCCCUACAUCACCCAAGUAGGAAUAUAGUGAUCAAGGAUAUGUUUUUUUUGCUUCUUGUUGUUGUGAGGUUUGCCUUUUAAACCAUUUUUAUUACAAUCAAACCAUAAAUUUUGCUAAAAUAAAUAGCGUUGGAUGAAAGUUCAUUAUAAUGUGGCAAUUGAGCUCUCAACGGGUAGAAUUCUCUAGCGCGUUGUGGCGGGAGUUUGGUUGGUAUCGAUUCAGUUCUUUA